GCUCUGGAUCAACUUGACUGCUAUUAACCAGGACUUUGCCCUCCUCCUCCUCCUCCUCCUCCUCCUCCUCCUCUGCAGCUAUUGAAGAGUUCAGGAGGAAAAAUUAUUCAAACCGGCUUCAGCCUGCAGUGGAGCAGUAUAUCUUAAGCUCAGUGGUGCGAACAUGAGGGGGCGCGUUGGGAAAACACCCGGGGCCGGUUCAGAAAGAGAAAAGAGCCUGUGUUCAAUAAAUAGUGUUGCCUAAUUUCUUGAAUUUCAAUUUCGUGCAUUCUUACUCUUUUGCUUUUCAUCGGUUGUGAAGAUGUUGGUGAUCCUGGUGGCGAUAUCUUCAGCCUUUUUCAGCACCGGCUCUGCCCUCAGCUCCCAUUUCAGCCCAGAUGGCGCUCCGCUGAGUGAGCUGUCCUGGUCCUCGUCCCUGGCUGUGGUCGCCAUCUCCCUGUCCUGCCUCUUCACCUUCGUCUUCCUCAUGCUGGCUUGCCUCUGCUGCAAGAAAAGCAAAACCGGCUUCAAGGAAUUCAAGAAUGGGGAGGGGGAGGAGUACCAUGCAGAUAUGUCCACCUUGGCCUCGCCGGCCUCCCAGGGCAGCCCGGACGUCUACAUCCUGCCGCUCACCGAGGUGUCCCUGCCGCUGUCAAAGCAACCUGCUCGAUCAGUCCACCUCCUGAAAUCCACAGAUCUCAGCCGACAUAAUCUCCUCUACCUGAAAGAAAUCGGGAAUGGCUGGUUCGGGAAGGUUCUGCUCGGGGAGGUGAACACUGGCCUAAAUUCUUCCCAAGUGGUGGUGAAGGAACUGAAAGCCAGCGGCAGCAUGCACGACCAGAUGCACUUCCUGGAAGAAGCAAAGCCUUUCCGCGCCCUCCAGCACCCUGCUCUACUGGCAUGUUUGGCCCAAUGCACCGAGAUCACUCCGUACCUGCUGGUGAUGGAGUUCUGUCCACUGGGUGAUGUGAAGGGUUACCUACGAAGCUGCAGGACUUCAGAAGCCAUGACCCCGGAGCCCUUGCUUCUCCAGCGGAUGGCCUGUGACAUCGCCUCAGCACUCUUACACAUGCACAAACACAACUUUGCACACAGUGACUUGGCUUUGAGGAACUGCUUGUUGACUGCUGAUGUCACGGUGAAGGUUGGAGAUUAUGGCCUGUCCCAGAGCAAGUACAAGGAUGAUUACUUGGUGACAUCAGAUCAGAUGUAUGUGCCGCUGCGAUGGAUCGCUCCAGAGCUGGUGGACGAGGUGCAUGGAAACCUGCUGGUGGCUGACCAGACCCAACAAAGCAACAUGUGGUCUCUGGGCGUGACUAUCUGGGAGCUGUUUGAGCUGGGCAACCAGCCCUACAGACACUACUCUGACAGACAAGUCCUGACGUACACUGUGAGGGAGCAGCAGCUGCGACUGUCCAUGCCUCUGCUCAAAGUGCCGCUGGCCGAACGCUGGUAUGAGGUGAUGCAGUUCUGUUGGCUCCAACCUGACCAGAGACCUACUGCGGAGGAAGUACACCUGCUGCUCAGCUACCUGUGUGCCAAGGGGGCCAGCGAGGCGGAGGAGGACUUUGAAAGGCGAUGGAACUCCCUGCGCCCGAACACAGUAUUCAACAGCCACCGAUGUGCCCUGGCAAUGUCACAAGACCACCCCUCAUCCACCUCCUCAUCUUUCCCUCUCCUUGAGCAAUUUUCAGCUGCCGAUGGCUACCAUUCUGAGGCUGGAGAUGAUAUACUGACAGUCACUGAGACCAGCCACGGCCUGAACUUUGAGUACAAAUGGGAACAAGCCAGAGCAAACCAGUCGUAUAGAGCCCAAGAAUCCUCUGGUGCCUUGAGUCAGGUCAACCAUCAUUAUCAGGAAGCAUUUUACCCACCUGGGGGCAUUGUAGGAGGCUGCCCCAUGGAGAGCCUCAGCCAUGGAGUUUCUCCUUCUUACUACCAAUCAAAACAUCUGCAUCCCCCAGGUGUACUCCCCGUUCUUAGUGCCCAUAGCCCCUCAGUAAGCAGUGAAUACUACAUCCGCAUCGAAGAGCCAGUAGACUGUAACAUUGAUCUGGACUACACUAUGUGCUCCUACAGCCCAGACUACCAGGGCAGCAGUGGGAGCUUUCUGACAGGAAGUGCAGACUCAGGUGAGUGCAUGGUCUGCCCGUCACAGGCCAAGAACAUGGAUCCCUAUUGGUCAGCAGAUAUCCAUAAGUCUGAUAUGUAUGACUCAAAUGAAUCAAGUCCUGCCAUCUCCCUGACAAUGGAGCCCCUUUUAGGGCAAGUUUUGGACAAUAGCCCACUGCAACCCUGGGAGUCUAGUCACUACGUGUCCUAUAAAGACAGAGAUGGGGGUUACUACUAUGAGCACUCACCGCCGUUGGGAUUGGAUCACUAUCUUAUUGGACAUGAGUCCUCCAGUGAGCGCCAUCAGGAAAGCUGGGGGUCAAGGAGCCUGCGCCAGGCCUUGGGUGAGUUGGAUAACCCGCUAGGUAUAACCCCCGUCGUAGGCAGUGCACCUCAACAGGCCUACAGAGACCCAUAUCUGAACACAAGUCAGACCUCCAUCAUUGGAAAGAACGUGACAGGGGGCUACUACGACAUGAUGGGCUCCCUGAGGAAGACGAUGCCCAGCCACGCUAGGCAUAACAGCCACUCUGUCAGUAUUAACAUGGAGACAGAGGGGGCCCUCUUCAUCGGGCACAGAGACAGUGACACAGAGGAGGAAGAGGAAGAGGACAUAUUUGUUGAGAGACACACCUGCAACACUUGGCCUUCAAAACACCGCCACAGCAGUCACCAAAGACGCGCUACCCACAGCUGCAGACAGGACGCUUACGUAGAUUUUCACUACACAAUGCCAAGUACAGACAUUGAAGACUCCUGGCCGGAGGAGCAAAGCAUGGCCUUCCACUCUCUUCCCAAACAUAUUGACUAUCUUGAGCCCCAUCAGGCCAAAGAUAACAGUGCUUGCCUUAGCCUGAGUAAACAUCACCCAAUGGUGCCGUCAGACAACUGCAACCCCUACAUCUACCUGUGCCAUGAAAGUGAGAUUCAGGUGCAGGCAUCUGGAGAUUGCUGCCACACGCACUUUGUUGACCCGCUCACAGGCUUGCUAGUCAGAAACAACAGCUACAGUCACGGCUACAGUCACAGCAGCUACAUCAAUGAUAAGGCCAUUGACACCCCAAGCAAUGACGAGAUGAUCAAUCUAUCACCAGCUCCAGGGGGUCCCAUUGUGGCCAAACCUCCCUUGAUAAAGAGUGAGGACAGAGGAGAGCAUUAUGUUGAUCUGACAAUGGGUGAUUCACACUUCAAAGAAAAGAGGGAGGAUGUAAUCAAGGAAAAUUCAAUCAUACAUAGACAGACGGAACCUAUAGAGGUAGAAGUGAGCCUGGCAACAGCUAUAACCACUCCCCCUCCAGCUGACAACAUGCAUGUGAUGGUGGCCCUCACAGAUCCGCAGUCUGAAAUAAGUCAAAAUGGAGACAGCGGGGUUGACCGAGGAGGCUCCAGUGUCAGUCUUGCUGACAUACUCGACUGCAGUGAUGACGAGGAAGAGGAGGACAUCACUGAAGAUAUCACUGACGUUACCUCAGGCAUCUUUGCAGAUGAUACCAGCGAUCUGAACGCCUCCCCUGCCUUCAAGUCCAUACAGAAGCAGGUAGGAACUCCUGAUUCCAUGGAUUCCAUGGAUCUGCCAUCUGCCACAGGGUCUUGUGAAGGCUUCAGCCCAGCGUCCUCCCACCCGUCCAGCUCACCUAAAGCUAUGGACAGUGGCUAUGACACAGAAAAUAAUGAAAGCCCUGAGUUUGUACUCAAAGAGCCUCAUGAACCCCGUGAACAAGCUUUAGGUAAGCCUACUCUUGAUACAAGCCUUGCGGAGGAGGAGGAAAAAGAGCUUGAGGGGCAUGGAGGUGAAGAUAAAGUAGUGCCCACAGAGGAUGAACCCUCGUUGGGGGAAGGUUUGGCCACAGGAGCCUCACAGACUGAUGACCACAUCCUUUUACCACUUAGUGAUAAGACUCCAUACAGAGACUCUGCCUACUUUUCAGACUAUGAGAAUGAAAGGCAUUCUAGGGACGACCGGGAACAACAUUCAGAGACAGUAAAGCAAGAAGAAAUUGUUGAAAAGGAGCAGCCCACGGCGGAAAAGAAGGGUGAAAAAAGAAAAAAUGAGGAGGAUGAGGAAGAACUGAAGGACACUUUAGUGAACAAAGACAUCAAACUUGAAAUGGAACACAUAACAGGAGGAAUGGAUUCACCGCCAGGGAGUGUGGCAUAUUUGACAGUAGAGAGCGGCCGAAAUGAGUUACUGGGACUACCUCUGGAGUCUUCUGACAAUGUUCCAAUAGCAGAAGGUGGGCUGGAUGAAUGGCCAUCUCAGGAAGAGAGUUCAUCCUUAGGAGACUGGGCAGCAGAAGUUGUUGGGGCAAUGGAAGAAGCUAUCGGUGCACUGAAUGAAGAUUGCACCUCCAGUGACAAGGUAGAGGAGGAGGAAGCAGAAGACUCACCUAAAGAUUUACAAACGACAGAAGAGCCAGUGAUCAAGACAACUCACAACAGGCCAUCAGGGAUAUCCACUGAAACCCUUCACAUUUUACCUAAAGACGAGGUAGCCUUGCAGCAAACGGCAAACACAAGGAGGUUUUCUUCAUCCUCUCCACCUCCUCCAUCCACACCUCCCCCUCCACUCCCUGCAGCAGAGAGCAAAAGGUCUGGGGAAGAGGGGGAUGAGGAGGACGUGGACACCGAUGAUAGCGACGAGUCAGAUGAGGAGUUGCGAUCCUAUAGUGUGCAGGAACAGAGCGGAGGGGACGAGAGCGAUGAAGAGUGCCACCCGGUGCCAAUCGUGGUGAGUGACAACAGUGAAGACUACAAACUGCGCAGCCUCCUCAAGCUGCCAACCCUGCUGACAUCCGAAAACCUGGACGAGAAGCUGGAGCGCAAGAAGAACACAGUGUCCUUUUUUGAUGAUGUCACCGUCUACCUAUUUGAUCAGGAAAGCCCAACGAAGGAGCUAGCUGAGCAUGGCUUCCCUUUGGGAGCAGAGGGUCAGAGUUCCCGGAGCAAAUCCCAUGAAAGGCUUAACGCCUCGGAUGACUCUUCGGAUGGGAACAUCUCAGAAGAGAGUGCAGGGUAUGAGUGGGAGGACGAUUUCCCCCUGCUUCCUCUGCAAACAUCCUCAGUGGCAUCCGACUCCCCUCCGCCCCGCUCCAUCCCCAAAGCUCCGGAGCCCAAACCAGCCGUACAAUUCUCCCGCUUCACUGUCUCCCCCUCCGCCGUGUCCCGUUUCUCCAUCACACACAUCACGGACUCUGAUAUGGACUCUGUAGGAGGAAGCAGCGAGGACGGGGACAAAGAAUAAUGACCUGUGGAUAAUUACUGCCUCUCCGUGACAACAACUUGGCCUGCUAGCAUGACUUCUUAUUUAUUUCCUAACGUCAGGUUUAGAAACACAAGACAGUGCCUCUUUCCGCCUGUGGACACUUUCGAAAAGGUCCGUCCUACUGACCUAAGCUGUUUAGAACAAUGAAAAGAGAAUGGUUAAUAUAUAAAAAAUUACAGAAUAUUAAUAUAUACUGUGUGUAUGAUGUAAUGUAAUCUAUGAAAGCAGGGGAUACUUUGAAUUGUGCAUAUUUUUUUCGGAUUAAAGAGACACAAUGGAAGGACAGACCUUUGGAAAGCUGCACAUUUGCCACCUUUUUCACUUCUUAAUUUAUGACAGGAAGCAUUCAUGAGAGGGUGAAACCACCUGGACUUAGAGAAAAAGAAAAAUGUAACUGUGCAAGUGCUCGAUUAGCAAAGACACCUCCACUUUUUGGCUUUUCAACAGAGGAUCAGCACUUUCGAACAAGACUGUACAGCUCCACAGACUUUGUACUUUGUAGGAAACUGCUUUGCUUGUCUUAAUAAAUAUCAACAAGACUCCUUAAGGUAUCACAAGUAAUAUAAUGUUCAUAUUUGGGUUCAUUCAGAAACAAAGGGAGAAGAAAGAAGGAAGCAAAGUGAAUUUGGUCUGGUUUCAGAAUUUUUUUUUGUGGAAACAGCUGAUCGAUGAACAAUGUGAUAUUUUGUGACUAUUUAUUUUGUAUCAGGACCACUACUGUACUGUUUUACAUACAUACGUGGCUCAUUCUCUCUACCAAAUUGAAUGCCAGCAACGCCAUCACAACCAAUCCCUCUCAUUGUAGACAUCAAGCUCAACAAAAGGAAAAAAAGUCAUUUCAGACUUUACUCUCAUUAAACUGUUUUUUCUAGUAUAGUGAGGCAUGGUUUUAAGUAUUAAGAAAACAUCAAUCUGUAUGCAUUAUUUGAUUAGAGACAAAGGGGGACAGUUUUUUGUUUUGGAGUAGAGACAGGCACACAUGUUCAUGGAAAUCCAGUUUCAUGUUUCCUAUAGCUGCCAAAACAAAUUGGCAAAAUUGAUGAUUCAUGAUUUGGACUGCUACAUGAAAGGAUUAGUUCCCUAGUAGUGGCUGAUACGGGUGGGCAAUAUGGAUGAAAUCUUAUUCACAGCACAUCCUGAUGAAGUACUUUUUGAAUCAUGAGUCAAUAAAUAAAUGUCUAGAACACCUGAGGUUCUUCAUCACAUUGAUGCAAAGCUCCAGCUAAGCUAACACACAAAUUCAUUUUUAACAAUAGUGACAAUGGUGCAGCACAGGCAGGGGGAACAGAGGUGCUGCAGCACAGGCAGUAUAAAAGAAAUACAGCACUUUACAUAACAUUAGAGGCCUGAAAAUGAGCAUAAAAGGACCCUUUAAAGAUGCCAUAGAAUGGAAAACUUUAUUUACCUUGGCAUAGUUGAAUAAGGAGAGUUCGGUACAUUGAACUGACAUACCGUGAACCUCAAACACCAUUGUUUCCUCCUUCAAAACGGGGGAAUUACAACAAUCCCUGUGUGUGACGUAACACACGGUAGUCCAGUCCCAACAUUUGCAUACACCAGCUACUGAAACACUAACGCUAACACUUGGCACUCCGUAACGUUGCUCUCCAACCAACUGGCAACUUCAAAUUCAUCGGUUUCCUCCUCCGAUAAAGGCUCAAACAUGUAAGGUCGGAUGCCAAUAGCCUCCAUGGUUCAUCUCUCACAGUUUCGGGAACUUCACUUACUUCUAAGGCAGCCAUGGAUUGCUCCUUGUAAACCAGCCAAUCAGAGCAGAGCUCGUCAUAAUUAUUUAAAUGAGCCCCAAAUAAGACAAUUCAGGUUGUUUCAUUCUAGGACCAAAUCAGAGGGUUGUAAAUGGGACUGUAAAACUGCAUCUGGACAUUUUUGUGGAUCAACCAAAAGUAUAUACCUUCUUUGUAGACAUCAGAGAACAAUUUAAAAUACCAGAUAGAUGCUUUCUAUGGCACCUUUAAAAGGGAUAAAUGCCCUGUUUUCAUCAGUCAUCAUAUUGCCCAACCUUACAAGCCGAUGCAUUAAUACAAACUUGCACAACAAUAAUAAAAGCUGUUAAGUUCUUCUUUUGUGUGCACAGAGGUCUGAACAAACAUGCUGUAAAUCAGCACAUUAUACAUCUAGUGUGUAUCAUCUUUUGCUCAUUGCUACUGUCUCUUGCUUGUAUAUUGGCUACACUGAAUUUGUUUGGAGCAGUUUUGUUCUAUGAUUUUGGUGUUAAGCUAAAAUAUUGACCCUUUUCAGGUUUCAAAGAACAGCCACUUCAAGAAAAACGUGUUACUAUAUGGAUUUUAUACCUAUAAAUCUAAUCUGAUCAUCAAAUGACAAACGGAAUGAGAUUUAAUAGCACUUGAAAUAUUUAAAAUUUAUUGAGCCAUAUUGUAUUUAGGUGAGAUAGAUCAAUUAAGUGUUAAGUCUAAUUUGUCUGAUCAGCUUGUUAAAGGCAAUGGGGGGUGAUGUCAUGAUCAUGAUAUGUUUCAAUGCUUUGCUUUCUGUGUGUGUUAAUGUUAGGAAGUGAAAUGGAAGGUGUGUUGAUGGGAUAUUGGCUCAGCUGACGGCUCUGGAGUGCAGAGUGCUCUGUGAUCGACAUGUAGUGUUUUCUAGUGUUUUUUUGCCUUCCAAGGCUUUAAUAUUCUGUAAGAGUUUAGCAUAGAACCAUCUAGACAGCUGUCCGUAAUAUUUUUGUAUCUCGACGAGAAUACUUUUAAGAGUAUUGAUGUAAUGUACUGGUACAGGAGGGAGGAUUUUAAAAAACAAAAACAUGUCUUUUAUGUUUUAUUUUUGCCAAAGAGAUGUUGUGUUGUGGAUCAGGGGCAACAGGUGGUGUUGUUUUUACCCCACAAUGGAGAUGAAGAGGCAGAGCAUUACAGGGGCUUUGGCCUGGUCAUAAAAAAGGACGUGCAACACCGUCAGUAACAUGUGCCCCCACACUGACCUGGUCACAUCAUUACUUUCUGUACCUUCUAUCUAUAAAUAAAGUCUGUUUUACACAUCUUAA